AUGCGGUCGCUUUUAUCCACAUUUCUUGUCGCUCUGGUAUCGCUGGCCAGUCUGGAGCAAUGCGAGGCAUUGGAUAUUCACAAUGGCCCUCAACGACCCCAGUACUACUUCCCACGACGAAUCAAACGGGAAGUACACAGAGAUUCCCCGGCAUACGUUAAGCGUAAUUCUGUUAUCGUUAUACCCAUGACUGUCAUGAUCGGACCAGAUGGCAAGAAAACAACAUUGGGCUCGCCUGUGAACCGGCUAGUAAGCCUGGGGACACAACCUGUCACUUCCUCGGAAACGACCGUUCCAGCGACCACUACCAGCGAGGGCAUAACUGUAUCCACGGACCCGACUACUCUGUCUCAGCCAACCACCCCCUCAACAGUCCCCAAGGCUCCUGUUGAAACUGGUUCAUCCGAAGUUCCUCGCCCGUCUACAUCGGUUACUGCUAUUCCAAGUUCUAGCGACAUAUCCAGUGGUGGAAUUAGUAUCGGCCUUUCUGAUAUAUUGACGGGCUUACCGGUUGAUCCAACCAGCCUCCUACCUACUCCGCCAUCUAACUCCCACCGCCAUCUAUUUCGGCAACCAACACCGGCUCUGCGACCAACAGCGAAACUGCCUGACUCAUCCGCACCUACAGAAGGAGGCGUGACCCCGCCACCCCACGAACCUACGCUUAAACCAACCCCAACCGGCACCGGUGGCAUCCUGCCUCCUAUUCUUGAACCCAGCAAUGACUCAAGCUCGACAUUCGCUAACCCUACAGGAGGCAUUUCUCAGACUGUUUCCAGCACUGGUCUCCCGACAACUUCUGCACCCGUGCUUCCAUCUAUUAUUCCUCCUAUCAUCCAGCCAAAUGUCACAUCGCCAUCUUCGGAUGAAACUCCGUCGCGGACUGGCAUGACCUCUUCGACCUCGGUCAUAGAUAUCACACCAACCUUCCCGACCUUAUCUCCACCUCCUGUGACUGAGAUCCCAAGCGGCACCGGCACUGGACCAAUAAACACUCUGAGCAAUGGCGAAAUUCCUAGCACUACGGAAACCUCAAACUCAUCGACUACGCCUCCAACUGGAACCGUAACUCAAACCGUCCCUACGGAAACAGCCACGUCCUCGACCCUUUCUGGGAUAUUCCCAUCCGACGGGACCGCGACUGGUUCUGGAAGUGGGAUUUUCAGACCUACAAGUGCUACCACUUCCAGUGUAAGCUCCACCCCAACUGCUCCAUCUGAGUCAAGAACGAUUAUCACUAUGUCUACUAUUACGACUUCACCCACUGCCGGUACGGGUGUGCCUACUCAGGGGCUUUCGUCGUCAUCUACAACUAGUACAGUGUCCUUGUCGACAAAUUCGGAAACUAUGAUGUCUAUCCCCACAAGCAUCGUCGUGCAGCCAACCCCUACAGGCACUGAAACGUCAUCCGCCACUACGAGUCCAACAUCUAGGCCCAAGAUCAUUUCGCCUCCAAAGGACAAUACCAAAAUCCCACCUAACUCCGUUGCUGUUCAGCUCGGUUUUAACGGAUCUCUCAGCUACGAUUUUGUUGUCCAAAGCACGGGAGCAACGACUCAAAUUUUCCAUUUUUUGCCCCUCGGCGUUGCUUAUGCCCUCGAUAUUCCCAUUGAUCAGGCUACUGUGCGGUCGCUUAUCCCAUACGACACUGCUACUAAUGUUGGUUAUACGACUACGGUCGCCAUCGUUUAUAUCCCGUCCGACCUUGUCCAAUCACUUGCUCUUCUAUUACGGACCCCGACAUCGCGAUUGUACAAUAACCCGGACCCUGCAACGCGCACUAUAAUGGCUAUGCUAGACCCUACCAUUCCACUCACCGGCGGUCUUCCAAACAACCAAGUGCCAAACAAUCCAGGACAGAAUAACCCGAACAACCCAGGAAAUGGCGGUAACAAUGGUGAGCCGGAAGCUGGGCCUGGUCCAGGAGGAUCAGGAGGUAAUUACAACGUUCGCGCGACGUCUGUGGGCAUUGGUUUAGGUGUCGUUGGAGGUGCUUCCCUCUACGGUGCGGCUAUGUUCUUCGUCGCUCGCCGGUAUAGAAGACGACGCCGAUCCCAGAAUGAGGAGAGUUUAAUUGGCCAACGUGCACGGGAAGGUGAGCCGUUUAUGAGCGGCGCUAGAAGCGACGGCUACGGAAGCUCCCAGCGAAACAGUGGUGGCGGAACUAGUGCAAGAACGCAGACAAUUAGUCCGCCUGUAAUGGCAGAAAACUCCCUCGGUUGGAACUGA